AUGGAUGGUGAUGUUGAACAAAGAAGAAUGCAAGUGAAAGUCUUGUAUUCCUUCAAUGAUAAUCCCACUGUGUUCUUAUCACGAUCUAGUGGUAUGCACAACGUCAGAGUGGCCGAAAUCCCCACAAAUACCAUGGUGGAUGAACUAAUUAUGUUGGGAGGCUUCGACUUGAAACAUUGUAUCAAACAGAUCAUAACAAGCUCACCCGAAAAUUUCCAUUUGCAAACGCAUGACUAUGCUGUUUACUACAAGGAUUUGACGGAACAACCGGACGAACCUUUUGUAUCUCAUGGAAUUUUUUCAGAAUUGCUUCAGGAUUCAGAAUCCACGUUGAUACCUGGCAGGGUUUGUCAGAAUGUCUCUGCAAACUUUUUAUUUGGUAAGAAGAGUGAUUCGUCUUCCCUUACAUUGGAAAUAAGGUUGAAAUUACAUACGAUUGAGAGAGAACACUCUUCAGCUUCUGCCACUCCUAAGAUUUCCCAACAACAGUCACAACUGCAACAACAACAACUGAAACGGUCUGCCGAAGUGGAUCUUUCAAAUGAAUACAGACAACAAAAGGCCCAGAGAAGUAGUUACACUGCUCCAGUAAAGGCCACCAGAACCAAGUCUUUACCAGCAUUUCCUCAAAUCUACAAUAACCACAUGUACAGUAUAAGAAAUGCUGACAAGCUCAACACUCCUUCAAAGUAUGAUCCACAAAGCGUAUUGGAUCGGUUUAAGCUGGCAUCUUUUGUGGAUGCUCAGGUGAUUGCCAAGCCCAAGGUUUUGAGGAGAAGAAAACAGUCUUAUCAAAACCAAGUCAGAGGAUAUGCUUCAGGAGCUAGUGGUGCGUCAGUAGCUACCAGAUCCAAUUCUAUGAUUGAACCUAUGAGAGCCAUGAGAACAAGAUCAAUGGUCACAAACAGACAUACUCCAUUGAUGAUAUCAUCUCCCAUACAUGAAGAAGGAUCCAGUGACACUGAUGAUACCGAAUAUAAUGAAAACAGCGCUCAAACAGUGGAUGCGGAAGAUGAAGAUGACGAAGACGACAUUGAAGAUGCAGUAGAAGCUGACAAUUCUCCUUAUACACCACAACAACCACCAUACAAACCUAGUAACGAUAGAAAGCAUGGGUUCCAUUCUUUACCUGAUCUUGAAGAUUUAGACAGCAAGAAAACCCAUACUAUUCCGGGCACCAAAUUACCAGAGAAUCAUGGUUUGUUAUGUGUGAACCCCAAUUGUGUAACAGAAGAAAGUAUAACAUGGAGAUACUUUGAAAUGAAUUUCCAUCCUAAUUAUUUUGAAAUCCGAAACUCCAAAGAAUUCAACAAGAAGAACUACGAAGGAAUGUUCGGACCUUUGUGUAAUGCUUGUUACUUAUUUUUACGUAACAAGGGUUUCAUGAGGCCAGAAGCAGUUGUGAAGAAAUACCUCAAGCAGCAAAAAUACAAGAGAGAAUUAAAGGAAAGAGAAGAAAGGGAAGGUCAGGAAGAGGACAAGGUAGACAAGGGUGAUGAAGAAUUCAGGUUUCAUGAUAAGCAUUUCCAGGCUCCAAACAGAAGACCUGGUCAAAUUGCAUCUUCUCCAAUGGUGUCUAUGGCCAGUCAUAAGUUUGCUACACCAUCUCAUACUCCUUCCGAAAUAAAUCAAGUUAUCCAGAACACAAGAUUUGGUACUCAAAACGAUUUGAGUGACUUCAUUAACCAGUUGAACAAUUUUGGUGGGCCUUUAACAGAUAUUGACCCAUUACCUCAAGAUUUGCAAGACGUAACACCGCCUAUGAUGGCCACAAAAUCGAACACGAGAGUGAUUAACAUUGACCAAGGUAGUGAUGAUAAAGAAAACUGUCCUCCAAUUGACGUUACCCAAUUCCAUAAUUCGAGUUCUCCUGCUAGGAAUGGGACAGAUGAUUUUGAAAAGAUGAUCAUUAGAUCUUUCAAUCAUGCACCUCCGACUCAAAGAUCCAGUCCAAUUGACCAUCACAAUGAAUGGAUGAAUAGUUUGUUUGGUGAAAAUCCUACGCCCAAAGAUCAAGUGACUCCUCUUGAUACGAGCAUGUCCAAGCAUGAAUCCAAUAAUGACACAAUUCCAUCUAAGAGUGGUUCAAAUGUAAGAGACAGUAAAGGUCUGAAAGUUCACCCUGGCUUACCACAAAUGAAGACCUUCAGUACCAGAAGAUCACCACGAUUGAAUAAGACCAAACUGGUGACUACAACCAUGCCGUCGUCUCCUUUACUUGCAACAAAGAGCUCUUCUGACGAUAAGCUCGAUACUUUUUUGGAUGAAGCUAGUCUUGAAAUUAUUGAAGAUGAAAUAAGAAACCUACACAAGCAUCACCCAAACUACAAGAGUGAUUCACCUCAACCUGAAGCCACCCGUAAUGAUACAACAAACCUGGUGUUAUCGUUGUACCAAAAUAAACGGCUUGGGACCCACAGUUCCUCUCCAGGAAGUGAAAUCUUCAGUGAUGACAUUCAUCAGAAGUCACACUCACAGCAGGUGCAAUCUCGGGAACAGCAUCUCGAAUACUCUAAGAAGUCCAACAGGAUAAAUCAGCAGCAAUCAAAAUAAUUGUAGUAUAUACAGCAUUAAUAGAUAUUUGCAUCUAAAAA